CAAUUUUGUGUUGGAUUUUGAUCGGACUACGAUCUCCUAAGACAAGAUGUGUGGUGGAGCUAUCAUCUCUGAUUUCAUUCCGACCAGUCGCUCCAAGCGACCCAUCGCUGAUUACCUGUACUCCGGCAUCGAGAUAAACUCUGGUAAUUACUACUCCAAGCCCUUGCCAUCGGAGAUCGCGUACGUCGACGACGAUUUCGAGGCUGAUUUUCAGGAGUUCAAGGAUGAGUCCGAUGAGGAGCAAGUAGAUGUCAAGCCAUUUUCCUUCGCUCCUAAAUCUCGACCUCCGAAACAAGGUAUGCCUCCGACAGGAGGGCCAACUGCUGUAAAACCCGAGGAAUUCAAUGGGCUUGCAGAAAAAUCUGCUAAGAGGAAGAGGAAGAACCAGUACAGAGGAAUUCGUCAGCGUCCUUGGGGGAAAUGGGCUGCCGAGAUCAGAGACCCUAGAAAAGGGGUUCGGGUCUGGCUGGGAACCUUCAACACUGCUGAAGAAGCUGCGAGAGCUUAUGAUGCUGAAGCUCGGCGGAUCAGAGGCAAGAAAGCCAAGGUGAACUUCCCAGAAGAGUCGUCUUCCACAACUCAGAAAAGCACUGUGAAGGCAAACCCUCAUAAGCCGAUACCAAAAGUGAACAUGACAUCUGAAAAGCAAAAUCUUGACCAAAAUUUCAGUUUCAUGAGCAACCCAGCUUCUGAAUUUUACGACACUUUGGCCUCUAUGGAAAAGAAGGUCCCUGUGAAUGGAUCUGGAUGCAUGAGUUCAUUCACUAACAUUGUUGACCCGAAUGGAUUCAAAUCCUUUCCACCUUCUGAUGGGGGCAUACUUUGUUUUAAUUCAGAUCAGGGGAGCAAUUCCUAUGAUUGUUCUGAUUUCGGGUUGGGAGAUCGAGAACCAAAGACUCCAGAGAUCUCAUCAGUUCUCUCAGAUGCGAUUGAUAGUGAGGAGUCUGGAUUUUUAGAGGAUCACCAUGUAAAUAAAAAAAUGAAGACCAUACCCGAGGAGGAAGCAGUGCAGGUUGAGGAAAAUACUGCAAAAAAUCUUUCUGAAGAGCUACCUGAAUUUGAAUCCCAGAUGUUCUUUCAAAUACCAUAUCUCGUGGGUAGCUGGGAGACGUCAAUGGGAAACCUCCUGAAUGGGGAUUCAUCUCAGGAUGGCAAUAGUUCGAUGGACCUAUGGAGCUUUGAUGACUUUCCUCCGACGGUGGGAGGCGUCUUCUGAAGGGUCAUAGUCUCCCAUGUUGGUUUAUGUAAAUAAUACAACAUGAGUAGCUGCUGAUGAUAGAGAUGGAGAACAAAAAAGGUGCAUAUGCUUCAGCUAUGGAGAGUUCUCAGGCAGCUUUGGCUUAUGGGGAAGUAUAUAUAGGUAGCAUCCUUGGAUUUUUUUUUU